AUGAGAGGCACCAACCAGUCCAGCGUCUCCGAGUUCCUCCUCCUGGGACUCUCCAGGCAGCCCCAGCAGCAGCAGCUCCUCUUCCUGCUUUUCCUCAUCAUGUACCUGGUCACUGUCCUGGGAAACCUGCUCAUCAUCCUGGCCAUCGGCACAGACUCCCACCUGCACACCCCCAUGUACUUCUUCCUCAGCAACCUGUCCUUCGUGGAUGUCUGCUUCUCCUCCACCACUGUCCCCAAGGUGCUGGCCAACCACAUACUCGGGAGUCAGACCAUUUCCUUCUCUGGGUGUCUCACACAGAUGUAUUUCCUUUUCAUGUUUGUUGACAUGGACAAUUUCCUGCUGGCUGUGAUGGCCUAUGACCGUUUUGUGGCCAUAUGCCACCCUUUACACUACACAACCAAGAUGACCCAUAAGCUCUGUGUUCUGAUGGUGGCUGGAUCGUGGAUCACCGCCAAUUUGAAUGUCCUAUUGCACACCCUGCUCAUGGCUCGACUCUCAUUCUGCGCGGACAACAUCAUCCCCCACUUCUUCUGUGACAUCACUCCCCUCCUGAAACUCUCCUGCUCUGACACACACCUCAAUGAGCUGAUGAUUCUUACAGAGGGAGCUGUGAUCAUGGUCACCCCAUUUGUCUGCAUCCUGAUCUCCUACAUCCACAUCACCUCUGCUGUCCUGAGAGUCUCGUCCACAAGGGGAAGGUGGAAGGCCUUCUCCACCUGCAGCUCCCACCUGGCUGUGGUCGGCCUCUUCUACGGCACCAUCAUUGCUGUGUAUUUCAACCCCUCAUCUGCACAUUCUUCUGAGAAGGACACAGCAGCCACCGUGCUGUACACCGUGGUGACCCCCAUGCUGAACCCUUUCAUCUACAGCCUGAGGAACAGGGACCUGAAAGGGGCUCUAUGCAAAGUGGUCCACAGAAGGACUUUUUCUGUUUAACAAGUAGAUUUGAACUGAUCCCUGUUCCCUAUCAUGUUUCAGAGUGGGGCACAAUUCAACAACCGGACUGUGUUAGGCUCAGUCAAAAACAAUUGUUUCCUACUUGUUAGGGGGUCCUGUUUACCAGGUGCA